CAAGAUGAAGAUGAGCACCAAUAACAACAACAACAGAAUGGGAAGUUCCAAGAAGAAGUUGAUUUCAAGUAGAGGACUUGGAAGAGUCCUUAGAGAACAAAGAGCUAAGCUUUACAUAAUUAGGAGAUGUGUAGUUAUGCUUCUUUGUUGGAAUGAUUGAAAUUAAUUCAUUCAACAAAAUUGGCUUAUGGACUUAUAGGGUACUUAUCAAUUGUCCAUAUAUAGUACAAAGAAAUAGUGUAUGUUAGAUUUUUUUAAUUUUUUUUUGAGAAUUUUGUAUACUAAAUUUAGGUCCUUGAGGCCUCUUGUAUACAUUGAAUAGGUUCAAUCAUAGAC